GAGGAAAGCAUGAGGAAGAAGCUCAAAAUAACCCCACCAUUUGUUAGGUAUAAGAUGGGGCAGAGAGAAACUCUGAGAGGUAUCUAAGAUUGUGUUGCUCUACUUUACAAUAAUAAAGAGCAUUCCUGGAAUCCCUGUCAUGGCUGUUUUGUAACCCGGCCCACUUUGAAGGGCUGACAGCUCCCCUCCAGACCACGAGUUCCACGUGUGAUCCCAACAGCCACACACCACUACACUAGAUCGAUGCCUCAGGAAAAUGUGGCAGGGAUCAAGGCAACUGGUUCAAGACCCUAGAGGCCAGUUCUACAAAAGCACAAACAUCCAUUCGAGCAUCUACCUCCAUCCCUCUGGAACUGACUUUCUAGUAUCAGCUGAAAAAAACCUCAUCUGGUGGCUGAGAGGAUCAGUCCAUUGCAUCAUGAAAUUGCUAGCAGGCGCUCUAUUUAUUGUGGCGUGGACCGCAUAUUGUACCCCAAGCCAAGUCUUGAUGGUCCCUGAAGAUUGCAAUGAUGCAAAAAUGGUUGAGAAUGCCAAGGUGACCCUUAUUCUAAUCAAUAAGCGGCGCAAGGAAGGCUACACCUUUGGCUUUUAUCGUCUUGUUGGUGCUUAUGUGCAACAACUGUCGCUUCCAACUCUUUGUGACUUCAUGGACCAGCCCACGCCAGAGCUUUCUGUCGGUCGUCAACACCCCCAGCCCCCCCAGGGACGGAAAAAUGCAUCUAUGGUGUACCUAACAAUGGAUGUCUUGGAAAUGCCCUGUCCUGUAAUAUCCAGAAGACACUGGUCAUCUUGUGGACACAGACCAUUCUUAAGUAUAACGGAUUUGGGGCAAUGUAAGGCUGUUGUGUAUAUAGAUGAACUUUCCAAGAGAAAAGAACUAUAUGCAUACAACUGCACUGUCAGUCCAGUUCCACCAAAAAUAUAUGAAUGUAAACAUUGCCCUGUAAGAAUAACAGUUCUAGAAGACACUGAUAAGCACACCGAAGAAGCCAACAAGAUCUUGGAGAAGUAUACGCUGGGGAGCAACGAGUCAAAUUAUUUCAAAGUGGAGAAAGUCCAAAAAGUUUUCAGCGCAGUGGCCGAUCGUACAGUAUUCAUUGUUGAAUUCACCAUAAAAGAGACAAAAUGCUCCAGAAACAUUCAUCCCACAAAUGUUUCCAAAUGUGAAUUCCAGCCUGAUGGAAAAGCUAAUCUGGGAUUCUGCACAGGGAGGAUAGUUAAAGAGACAGAAGCCCCAGAUGUGGUUGUAGUAGACUCCUGUGAAAUCUAUGAUAUUCAGAAUGGCAGCAUCGUCCACCACCAUCACCACCACUUCCAGCAUGAUUCAGGAGAAGGCCAUCAUCAUUUCAAUGUAACUGGGCAUAAAUGCAGGUAUCCGCUAUAUAGACAUCAUCACUAUCACCACCACCACCCUCAUCGUCAUCGUCAUCAUCCUCACCACAAUCACAAUCACCAUCAUGGUCACAUCCAUGAGUGUAGAUACCCACCAAUUCUUGGGCGUUAUCAAACUGGUCCUGCGGGUCCCAGGAGCAACCAUAAUUCUUCUGAACAGACGCAAGAGGGACAUCGUGACUUUCCCCCUCCCCCUGGGCCUCGUUACCCUCCUCCUCCUCCUGGUGGUCCACAUCAUCUUCCUCCUAGUAAAUAUCCACCACCACCUCUUGGGCCUCCACCUCCCCGACCUAUUCCUCAUAGACCAGAUGAUCAUUGCCAACUGCCACAUAGGUGGGUUCCUAAAUGUGGCCACUGGCAUCACUACCACCACCAUCAUCACAGGUCUAAUGACACUGCAUAUAAAAGGGAAGAAAGCGGGUCCUCAGAAGAGCAGGAUUCAUUCAGCAAUUAUCAUUCUUUCCAUCAUAGCAGUGUGGACUUAGUCCAUCGCAUUCCAAUUCUGAAUGAACAUGAAGUCCUCCAAGCUCCUGGUGCCAACUUUCUUGACCAUCCUUUGCCUGACCAAGGAAAACAUGAAAAACAUACAAUACAACCUUUCCCAGAAGGUUCCUCAGGAUCCAAGUCAUGCCCAGGGAAGCCCGAAUAUGACCUCAAUCCAACCUUUUUGUCUUUGUUUCCUACACUAUCAACACAGUAAAAUGCUUUUCCUAUAAAGGAAGAUGUCUAAUUAUAUGAUUUGAUUUUGAUUUAUAUUUCCCAUAAAUCGUAUAUACAGACAGCAUAGUUUAUAUAUAAUCUUAGAGUUAAUGCAUGUUUUGGAAAUGAUUUGAAAGACAUAUUUCAGAUUUUCCAUAAGUACAUGUGCAAGUACAGCCCUUCUCUGGCAUUCUUUAAAACAGCCCAUUUUUUUCAGUCUUUCCAUGAGAACCAGGAAGGAAGAUCCUGCUGCAUUAUGAGACAUGCUAAGGAGUAGAUUUCAUACAUACCACAUACAGGGAAAGAGGACUUUGUACAAAGAAACUUCUUAUGGAAUGACUGAUUCUAAAUACAUCUCCUCUAUCUUGUUUAGCCCUGUGUGGUUCCAUUAGAGCUACCAGAUCUGGACUGCAAAAAUCCAAAUGAUGACUGUCUGGCAGGAAAAAAAAAAAGGAAUUUCCUGUAUCUCUUUGCUGCCAAAUAAUAGUUCUCUAUUGUUUUGCAAACCAGAUCUGGUAGGCCAAGUUUCUAUUGUGGCCAGACUGGGUUGAACUGAGAGGUGGCUUCCACUGCAAAUUGCUGAAGGCGAAAAAUUUUGUAGUUUUGCUUAGGCCAAGCUUUUAUCAACUGCAAACAAUCCAGAGGUUUCAAGCUGCUGGUAAAUCACAAAGAUCAAUGUUACUUACAUAAAAAGUGUCAUCACAAAGGUUGUAUUUGCACAACACAUGUAAUCAGACAUUUGCACAAUAUGCUGAGUUAGUGUUAACCUCGAUUGCUCCCUGUAUGUAUAUGUGUGGAUUAGCCUACUGUGCAGAUCCAACUUGCUUGGUUACUUUAUUGUGUAAUGUGUAGUGUGCGAAUGUAUUUUAAAAGUUUUAAAAACUGGCAAAAGGGCUUUGAAGUUGAUAGCACAAGUCCUGAUAGAAGCCAUAAGUGAGCAAAAGCAAUCUGUAUGUGAUAAGGAAAAAAGUGACAACUGCUCCUAUGAUGCUUACAUGCAAUCAGUCUUGAUCCUGUCAUUCUGUUAUUGAUUGGCAAUUAAUAAAAGAUCCGCAAAGGGUGAUUUUAACACAAA